CUACAGAGCGCAGGAGCUUCAAACUAACUUUCAGCCUCCGCAGCGCUGCCGGCCAGCAGCUCACCUGAACGAGAGAAACAGGACAGGAGCGAUGUCAGAGAGGGGAGUCUUUCACUGCCUCCACUCCUGUUCACAUGGACGCCCCCUUCUGUCUUCCUAAUCAUUUUUCUCUGGUAAAGAAAACAGCAAAACAAAAACUUUAGUACUGUGUUCGACCGACUCACGCAGCCUGUUUGACGGGUAUGACGGAGUGGACGAGGAGAGGAGAGCCGGGCUGCUGCCGCCGCUGCUGUGCGUGGUCCGUUGAGUAUCCGUGUGGAUUUUAACGCGAAUUGAUGAGGAAUUUAAAGGAGCCGACAGCUGGAGCAACGACCGACCGCAGCGCUUCCUCGUUUGGAUCUGCGUGAGCAUGGUGGCCGCGGUGCGCUCCGUCACGGCGCUGCUGCUGUUCGCUCAGGUGCUGCUGGGAGGUGUCGCCGCCGCGCUCGUGCCCGACGUGGAGCGGCGCAGGAGCGGCGAGCAGAGCGCGAGCUUCCUACGCGAGUUCGAGCUGCGCCUGCUCAACAUGUUCGGCCUGAAGCGCAGACCCACGCCCAGCGGCGCUGCCGUCGUGCCCCACUACAUGCUCGAGCUCUACCACAUGCACGCGGCGGGUGGCGGAGGAGAGCAGCAGCAGGGCGCGAGGAAGAGGCGCGCGGACAGAGUGGUCAGCAGGGCCAACACCAUCAGGAGCUUCCAUCACGAAGAGGCUUUAGAGGCCCUGUCCAGCCUGAAAGGAAGGACUACACAACAAUUCAUCUUUAACCUCACCUCUGUGCCAGCAGAGGAGCUAAUCACAGCUGCAGAGCUGCGUAUUUUCAGAGACCAAGUACUAAGUGACUUUACAACGAGCAACAGUAGUGUUGCUGGAGGUUUUCACCGCAUAAACAUUUUUGAAGUGUUCAGGCCAUCUCAGUCCUCAUCUGAGGAGCCUCUUACAAGGCUGCUGGACACUCGUCUGGUGCAGGACUCACAUUCGCGCUGGGAGAGCUUUGACGUGAGCUCGGCAGUGGCACGCUGGACUGCACACUCACACCACAACCAUGGCCUGCUGGUGGAGGUGCUUCACCCUGAGGAGGCCAGCGAAGAGGAAGAGGCUGAGAGGAGCAGGAGGAGGCACUUGAGGGUGAGCCGCUCCCUGCACGGGGAGGAGGACACAUGGCCACAGGCCCGGCCGCUGCUGGUCACUUACAGCCACGACGGUCAGGGAGCACCCCUCCUUCAGGCUCACAGAGAGAAACGGCAGACGAGGCGGGGGCCAAAGCAGCGGCGGAAACCACACCAGCGCACCAACUGUCGUCGGCACCCGCUCUAUGUGGACUUCAGCGAUGUGGGCUGGAAUGAGUGGAUUGUGGCACCGCCUGGCUACCAUGCCUUUUACUGCCAUGGCGAAUGCCCCUUUCCACUCUCAGACCACCUCAACUCUACAAACCAUGCCAUUGUCCAGACUUUGGUGAACUCGGUUAACUCCAACAUUCCUCGGGCUUGCUGCGUGCCCACGGAGCUCAGCCCAAUCUCUCUACUCUACCUGGAUGAGUAUGAAAAAGUGGUGCUGAAGAACUAUCAGGACAUGGUCGUCGAGGGCUGCGGCUGCCGGUGAGAGUCAAACUCCCAGUGAAGACUUUUAUUUAUAUGUAUGAACAUUCACAGAGCUAUUUUGGA